AUGGACGAUGGAUAUUUAGUUGGAUAUAUCCACUUCAUUCGAUAUCUGAAUCAAAAGACAACAGCAAAGGUUAGAUUAUUAUUCGAAGUGUUUUGCUUGAUUAUCAUUUCUAUCUUCCUUGCAACCCUAUUGAUGAUGCACAGACAGUAUGUUGGAAAGGCAGAUUGUAUAGUUGAAGAGUUUGCAAAUAACUUUCCGAAACACAGAUUCGACGUAUUGACCAUCGAUGUCAAAGAGGCAAAAGAAAGAGAAAACUAUAAAUAUUUACCUGAUAAUCAACCGCUUCAAUUUAAAGAUAAAGAGAAGGAUAAAGAUAAAGAAAUAGAUAUAUCAACUACUUCAGCAACAGUUUCAUCAUCACCUACAACCAACAACAACAACAAUAAUAAUAAUAAUAAUGAAAUACAAAAUAGAUUUCUAUAUGAAACACAUCAGAGAUAUGAAUUUUCAUUUAAAAAAGAAUUUCUAAUGCUACCCAAAGAUAUAAGGGAUAUGUAUAAUGUAUCGACACACCACAUCGAUUUGUUUACGAAUUUAACAUGUUUUGGUGGACAGUAUCACAAGAUGCUCUUGCGAGUGUUGGGUUACGACGUAGUCAUGAUCAACAAUAUGGUGAACGGAUUCAAAGGCGGCUACCUCAAGUCUGAGGACAACACUUUUUUCGAUUUGUCCAACUACCGAUCACCUGAAAAAGAUUUUUCUUUUGUUCAGUGUAUUAUAAAAGUUAAUUUUGUAUUCUUUUCCAACAUCAUCAUAUUCGGAGUUGGACUGAGGAUUUGCGAGUUUUUUAUCACAAGAGUGUUUGAUCCUACUAUUGGCUUACAUAUAUUUAUGAUUCACAAUUGGAUUAUAGGUUUCAUCUUUGUAAUUGUAAGUAUAAUCAAUGAAUUCACAAUAAAGAUCUAUAUUCGUCUAACUAAACCAAAUCCACAUCAAUUAAUUAACUGGUUAUUAUCACAGUUACAAAUAGGAGGAAUCUAUAUGUUUUCAUUUUUCGUUCAAACUGAAUAUCUAAUAUUUUUAACAUGUUCUUUGAUUGCAUCCUAUUUCUCUUCAAUGGGAUAUUUCCAACAGCCAGCGCAACAACAACAACAGCAACAGCAACAAGAUCAAGAACAACAACAACAGCAACAGCAACAAGAACAACAACAACAACAAGAACAACAAGCUCAAGAAAUACAAGAACAACAACAGCAAAUUCCAAAUUUGAUACAAUAA